AUGGCCCCAGGAAGGAAAGGAGGCACAGGAAAAAUCACAAGGGUCCGUGGACCCGGACUGGGGUGGCCCCGUGGCAUGUGGAGGGGCAUGGGUCCGGGAAAAAUCCCGGAGUGGAUGGACAGGCCCAGGCAUGGAGGUCCCAGGUCCGGAUCAAGGAGUCCACAGGGUCCAGUGAGCCCGGGCACAGGGUCCAGUGGACAGGACCCGUGGAGGAAGGAGUGGCCCGGAAGGAAUGGCCCCAGGAGGAAGGAAAGGAGUGGCCCCAGGAGGCCCCAGGACAGGGUCCAGGAGUGGCCCGGAGUCCAGGAAUCCAGGAGGAAGGAAUCCCAGUGGAAUCCCCACAGGAGCAUGGAGGCAUGGUCUGUGGCAUGGAGGAAGGAUCCAGGAGUGGCCCCAGGAGUGGCCCGUGGCCAGGGUCCCAGAGUGGCACAGGGUCUGUGGAGGGAGCCCCAGGACCCCACAGCCCGGAGGAGUGGCCCAGGCCCAGUGGGCAUGGCCCCAGGAGGACGCGGAGGGUCCAGGAGGCCCUGUGAGCCCAGACUGGGGUGGAGGAAAGGAGUGGCCCAGGAUCCAGGAGGAGGGUCUUGUGAGUGGGGUCUGGGGAAGGAGGGAGGGGUCUGUGGAAGGAGUCUGGGGAGUGGGGUCUGGGGGGGAGAAGGAAAGCCCCGGGAGUGGCGGAGAUCUGUGGGAUGUGGCUGUGGGGAGGGGACUGUGGGAUCUGUGGAUGUGGCUGGGGAGAUCUGUGGGAUGUGGCUGUGGGGGACUGUGGGAUGUGGCUGA